AUGUCGCGCUCUUCCACUUCCGAUGAAGGCGAGAAGGAUAUUGGCGUCCGAAAGGAAGCGGGAUACGGCGAACACAACGAAGAGCACGAACACGAUGACCUGGCCGAAGCUCUGCAACCUAAUUUCGCCGCCCACGAUGACAUUGAGAAGUCCACUGAACAGCCCGUACAGGACGGCGACGGAGCAACCCUCACCAAAGUCCAAUCUCAGUAUUCGGUCAACAAUGUCAAGUCUGUUCCUGACGGUGGUGCGACAGCAUGGCUUCAGGUGCUCUGCUCCUUCUUCGUCUUCUUCAAUACCUGGGGAAUCAUCAACGCCUUCGGCAUCUACCAGACGUACUACGAAAAUGGCAUCCUCGCCGGCACCUCCCCGAGCAACCUCAGCUGGAUCGGCUCCAUCGAAGCUUUCCUCCUCAUGCUCGUCGGCUCCGUCGCCGGCCCCAUCUACGACAAAGGCUACGUCCACGAAUUGCUCGGCGUCGGAUCAUUCCUCAUCGUGCUCGGACAGAUGAUGCUGAGCCUUUGCAGUACGUACUGGCAAGUCCUACUGGCCCAAGGCAUCGCCAUCGGCAUCGGCACGGGUCUCAUCUUCACCUCCGGCGUAGCGAUACUCUCCACGUACUUCAGCACCAAGCUCGCCACCGCUACCGGCAUCGCCGCGUCGGGGAGCAGCAUAGGCGGCGUGCUAUACCCCAUUAUCUUCUACAAGCUCCAACCCACCAUUGGCUUCGCCUGGGCCACGCGGGUGAUGGGCUUCAUCGCGCUCUUCACGCUCGGCAUCUCCAACCUCGCGCUGCGCGUCCGCGUCCUCCCGGCUUCACGGCGCAAAUUCCUCGACCUACCUGCCUGGAAAAUCAAACCCUUUCUGUUCUUCAACUUGGGCAGUUUCUUCGUCUUCAUCGGCCUCUACGCCCCCUUCUUCUACAUCCAGUCCUUCGUGCUGCAGACUGGACUCAUGGAGCCAAACCUGGCGUUCUACCUCCUCGCCAUACUCAAUGGCUCGAGCACGUUCGGCCGCUUGAUACCGAACAUCAUCGCCGACCGCAUCGGGCCGUUCAACGUCCUCACGCCGUGCGCGACGAUGUGCGCUGUCCUUCAAUACUGUCUUAUUUCUGCGAAGAGCUCCGCGGCGGUGAUCGUCAUUCUAGCUCUUUACGGCUUCUUCUCUGGCACGUUGGUCAGUCUGCCAGCGACAUGCUAUGUGCAUCUAGCAGGGCCGACGAGAAGAGGGUUGAUCGGAACGUGGAUGGGCAUGGGUUUCGCAUUUGUUUCUCUCGGCAUACUUUGCGGUACUCCCAUAACGGGAGCGAUACUGGCGGCGUAUUCAUUCACCGAAGUCUGGAUCUUCGGGGCGACCUUCAUUCUGGUCGGUUCGUUCUUCACCAUAUUGUCCCGGUUGGCGCAAGCGGAUUGGAAGAUAUUUGUGAAAGUUUAA